GAAAUUCACUUGCGGCAGGCGACAGAAGAAGACGCACAGGCCAGAAUGUACCCCACAUUGCUCCGGCCUCCCCACUUUGGACCAAUUGCAGGAGCGCUUGGACCUCUGCCCUAACAGAAGCUGGAGGCUCAACCGGCGCACAACUUGAAUUAUUCCGGGUCCCAAAAUCGUGUGUGGUUUUUUUCGGGCUUGCAACUGACCUCCGUCCACCUUGACGACGAGAAAUCAACUUGCCUCCUCACUAAUCCAACAGCACCGCAGCCAUGCGUUACAUCCACAGUGAGGAGACCAUCGAGGUCCCGGAGAACGUCAAGAUCUCCAUCAAGUCGAGACUUGUAACGGUUGAGGGCCCCCGUGGCAAGCUCACCAAGGACCUGAGCCACAUUGCCGUCAACUUCUCCGUCAUCAAGAAGGGCGUUAUUGGCCUCGAGAUCCACCAUGGCAACCGCAAGAACGUUGCCGCUCUCCGCACCGUCCGCACCCUUAUCAACAACUUGAUCAUCGGUGUCACCAAGGGCUUCAAGUACAAGAUGCGUUACGUCUAUGCCCAUUUCCCCAUCAACGUCAACCUUGACGUCAACAAGGAGACUGGCAACCACGUCGUCGAGAUUCGCAACUUCGUCGGUGAGAAGCUCGUCCGCACUGUCGUGAUGCAGCCCGGUGUUGAGGUUGAGGCCUCCAAGGCUCAGAAGGAUGAGCUCAUCCUCCAGGGUAACUCCCUCGAGGCUGUUUCCCAGAGCGCCGCCGAUAUCCAGCAGAUCUGCAGAGUGCGGAACAAGGAUAUCCGUAAGUUCUUGGACGGUAUCUACGUUUCCGAGAAGGGCAACGUUGAGGAGGAGUAAAGAAAAUGACCACGGGUUUCUUUGUGCUUUAUGGGGUUACACCGGAAUGGCAAGGGGUCAUGGGCAUUUGCAUAUUUCUUGUAGCGUAAAAAACGCUGCUGGCAAAAUGGGCAACCUCCUUCUCAACCAAACGGGUUUGCGGUGUGCAUACCAAUAUCACGUCUUCGAGGUCACGCCUGUUUUUUCUCGAGCUAAUGAUGACGAUUUGCUCUCGCCUGUAUUUGGGCGAUGAUGAUACCCAGAGCAGACUGGUGAUUCAGUUAUCACGGGCGGAGCCAAGGUGUUUCUCGUGGGAAAAGCAUGUGUCAAUUACUCCCGGACGGAAAAUGAAUUUGGAAGUAACAAGCAAGUCAAACUACUGCGUGUUUCUAACCUCUGAUAUUUGAUAUAUGAGCAUGGUGACUUUAUG